CCGGUGGCUCCCGCCAUGGAAUUGGAAGCAUCCGCCGAGCUCCAGGGUCGGCGACCGCCGUGGCGUCGCACGGUGGCCGUGCAGGCCGCGCUCUGCCUCGCGCUCUACGCGGCCUUCAGCCUCGGGGAGCCGCAGCUCCGGCCGCGGGGCGGGGACGCGCUGGGCAGCGGCGGCCCCGCCGGCGGCGGCGUAUCCUUCAUCACCGUCGCGGGUGGCGCGCGGCCACCCGCUGACCAGGCUCGCCUCCUGAGGCAGAUGGAAAGCAUUGCAAAGGUUUAUGGAGUCAAGUUCGUGUUGGAUGUUGCUAGAUUUGGCGAUGACCCGCUUUGGCAAAACGGUUCCCUGUACUUCCAAGCUCUGAAUAUCCCCUGGUAUUCCACUACAUCACAUGGGCAAAUAGUUGAUAAUUUCUUGAAGAAAGUGAAGAUGCCAUAUGAUCAAAUUAUGGAAAUUAUUGGUGUUGACACAGGGCCUCUUCAGGAACUUCUACAUCAUGGAAAAGUGAGCAAUUCUAGCAGGGAACAAAUUACAUGGUUGGAACAAACACUAGCACUGAGCAGCAGUAACUGGAAAAUAGUUGUUGGAUAUGAUGCGUUAGUUGACUGCAAUGAGGUGCACACCACAAAAACAGUAAAAUUAUACGAGCCACUUCGGAAUAUUUUUCAAACAUAUGCAGUGAAUGCAUAUGUUAGCACAGGUGGUUCUUGUGGACAGUUCCAUGAAGAGAAUUCAAUGUUGUAUAUUCAAAACCCCAGCCGUGGUGAUCACAAUAAUUUAGAUGGUUUCUUCUUGCACAGAGUCAGCCCUCUAGAGAUGGAAUCCCUGUUGAUUAACUUAGAAGGCGAGGUUGUUCAAAGAUCUUUAGUGCACCAGCAGGGAAGGGGAGCAAUGUAAAGGCCCCCAUUUCACUCUGUUUUCAGCGCAUUGGUCGCUCAGUAUUCAUUUGUUUGUUUCAGUAUGUUUUGCAUUGCCAAAAGAAGUCUUCUGCCAUUUUUUGUACUCCCAUCCUCCGGAAGACAUAUAAUAUUUUAGUCCGUAA